GAAGCAGACACCAUCAGCUGACAUAACUGAACAUGCUGGAAAGAAUCCUCACAAACUGAAAGAUCAAAAAGAACAAUGAUAAUUAAAAACAAUAUGAAAUAGUUAGGAUCAGGAAAACUGACAACACAAAAGUAAGAUUUGAAAAAUGGAGGUAAAGUAAACACAGUAGGCCGCCAUCUUCAAAUGCCCAUAUUUCUGGGUUUUUCGUGCAUUAUCAGUAAAUGCCACCAGAGGUCAUCCCUUUCACAGCACCCACUGCUCUCCAGCUAAAAAGGGGGCAACGAGGAAACGGUCAAAACAGCACGACGAUGCCUUCAAUAGAAAGAAAUAAUUCAGCUGCAAUUAAUAGAGAUACUUUUGCAGGAUUGCUGGUUAGGAUAUACUGACAAUACGUCUGAAACCUUAUACUAUGACAACAACUUACGUAAGUUUUUCAAGGAAGUUCAUCAAAUACAUUUAUAACGGCAUUACUAGCACACCUGAGCCACAACCAAAGUUUAGCAAAGCACUUGUACUUUGCUAUGUCUAACAAGUUGCGGAAUACUGAGGAAACUAGCUUUUCGAAAGAUAAGUGGUCAGUGAAAAGAAGGAUACAGCAUUCCCAGCAUUCGACAGACUCUUGCAUGUGAAAUUGGGUAAAGGCAGAGGAAGCAACAUAAUUUUCAACAUUAAAGUAUUUUCAAAGUAUAUCUUUAUUUGAGGCAAUGGAUAAAUAGACUAUUCAAAAAGGAGGUAAGAAUACAUUUCGUGUGCGUGCGUGUAUGUAUGCGGGUGCCACCAGUGAUUUUGGGCCCCAUAAAAGAUCUCACACCUUCGAAUGAAGUUAUACAUUAUUAUACCACUGUAUUUUUUGUGGGUCCCCACGGCUUUGGGCCUCUAUAUUACUACCACCUUUCUCCUUCGUUUCGACUGCGCUGGGAAAUAGACUUGGGUUCAUACAUUUUUUUUUGUUAUAUUAGUGAAGUGCACGGCUUUUUCGGCAGAAGUAGGAGCCAGUGGAACAUGCAGUUCAGUCUUUUUUGCUCUAGAGGGGGACACCAACGUUGUCAUUGAUAAGCUUCCAUGAGCUGUGGUGUGUUCUUAUGGUCCAAAUGUACAAAGUUAGGCUACAUAAUUCCACAAAGAUAAAUUGUAGUCUGUUGUGUAAACAUUGAAAUUCUUCAAUCGUUUACUUUGUCUCCAUUGUAGAUAUUGUUCUGCGUUUCUUUGAAAUGGGGUUUAGCUCAACUGGCUGAGAAAGAACAGCAUCAGCCUACCCAGGCUAAAAGGAGGAUGCUGAUUGCCUGUUCUGGUUAAUCAUUGAUAAACGGAAUCUACUCCCAGUCUUCUGUAAAUAUGAUAAAUGAAUCUUAGGUACUCACUGACGUGACGUCGCGCUUUCAGCCAAAGCUCAGGUUUAAUUAAAACGGGUAGUGAGCUAUCUGUUUUCCAUUGCAAAAGUUAGAAAAGGCUUGUUGACAAAAGACAGGCUAGAUAGGCUACUAAUUUUACCUGGAUUUGCGAUUGUACGUGGUAACUGAAAGGACAAUGUUAUUGCCGUAUUAUUAUUUUUAUAGUUUUGUAGAAAAAAGGUAAAUGGUCCGACAAUAGGCCUAUAGGUUACAUGUCCGGGGAUGGAGGAUUGAUUAAUAUGCACUUUUAAUCAAAUGGAAUCAACAAUGACUACGGGGUGCAAUGGACUGGGUGUGUAGUCGGAAGAUGAAAACUUCAUAGAUGAGAUUCAUUUAAAUGUGUGGACUGUUUUAAAGACAAUUAUCCAAAUGUUAUUUUUUGUUGUCUACAGCAGUAUUUAGCGUAUUUGUGUAGAUUUUUACUACUUUAUUUUUUUUAUCAUGCCAAUGAAAAGGAAUGGAACGGAAAGCCCGAUCAGGGAUGAGUCUUUUCAUCAUUUGCAGCCGUCUCCAAAGAAGCUCUGUGUUGAGCACGAGGAAAUUACCCUCGCUGUCUUAAGUGAUGACAAAUUGCAAGGAGAUUUCGGAAAUAACACUCUUUCCAGGUUCGAAGAAGAGGAUGAUUCGGGAAUUAAAUCAGAAGUAGAGGACUGCAAUGAGACCCCAUCCUCUGAAGAGGACCUGGAUCCCUCAGAGUACACAAAAGAGUUGUCUUUCAAACAGUCAGUUCCGAAGAAAAGCAUCACCCAAAUAAUUAAGGAUAAGAAGAAACAGACGCAACUGACCCUGCAGUGGCUUGAAGAAAACUACAUUGUUUGUGAAGGUGUUUGCUUGCCACGGUGUAUUCUAUAUGCUCACUAUUUAGACUUCUGUAGGAAGGAAAAAUUAGACCCUGCCUGUGCUGCAACUUUUGGAAAGACUAUUCGCCAGAAAUUUCCUCUUCUAACAACCCGGAGGCUUGGAACAAGAGGUCAUUCAAAGUAUCAUUACUAUGGCAUUGGCAUCAAAGAAAGCAGUGCAUAUUACCAUUCAGUAUACUCAGGAAAAGGCCUGACCAGAUUUUCUGGGAGUAAACUUAAGAAUGAGGGGGGUUUCACACGCAAGUAUUCCCUCAGUUCUAAAACUGGAACACUUCUGCCCGAAUUUCCAAGUCCACAACAUCUAGUGCUUCAAGGCUCGGUAUCCCGAGAUAAGUUGGACACGCUGGUCAUGAUGUACAAAACGCACUGUCAGUGCAUCUUGGACAAUGCCAUCAACAGCAACUUUGAAGAGAUCCAGAAUUUUCUGCUGCAUUUCUGGCAAGGGAUGCCUGAUCACCUCCUUCCACUUCUGGAAAACCCUGUCAUUGUGGAUAUCUUCUGCGUGUGCGACUCCAUAUUGUACAAGGUCCUGACAGAUGUUCUCAUUCCUGCUACAAUGCAAGAGAUGCCAGAAAGUCUCCUGGCAGAUAUCCGCAACUUUGCCAAACACUGGGAACACUGGAUGGUAUCGUCUCUGGAGAAUCUUCCGGAUUCUCUCUCGGAGAAGAAGCUGCCAAUUGCACGCCGGUUUGUGUCCUUCUUAAAGCGACAGACCUCAUUUCUACACCUUGCUCAGAUUGCCAGGCCAGCUCUGUUUGACCAGAAUGUGGUGAACUCCAUGGUGUGUGACAUCGACAAGGUGGAUUUACACAGCAUCGGGUCCCAAGCCCUUCUCACCAUCUCCAACAGUGGAGAGCAAGACUCAGACCUUUACUCUGAAUAUGACUCCAUUGCAGUGUUUCUAGAGCUGAAAGACCUCCUGAAGAAGAACGCGACCGUGGAGUCCUUUAUUGAGUGGCUGGACACCGUAGUGGAGCAGAAGGUCAUCAAGCCCAGCAAGCAAAAUGGCCGGUCCCUGAAGAAGAGAGCUCAGGACUUCCUUCUCAAGUGGAGCUUCUUCGGGGCGCGAGUCAUGCACAACCUCACCUUGAACAACGCCACCAGUUUCGGCUCAUUCCAUCUGAUUCGAAUGCUGCUGGACGAAUAUAUUCUGCUGGCAAUUGAAACGCAGUUCAACAAUGACAAAGAACAAGAGCUCCAGAAUCUCUUAGAUAAAUAUAUGAGAAACGCUGAUGCUAGCAAGGCGGCGUUCACGGCCUCCCCCAGUUCCUGUUUCCUUGCCAACCGCAAUAAACCCAGCGCUGCGUCCAGCGAGUCAUCCGUAAAGAACGAGUCGUUCUCCGAGCACACUUACCUGUCUCUGACGGUUCAGCACGGGCUGGGCACAAACAUGGCUGUCUACCAGGGUGCAGACUCAGAUGGCCUGUCCCUGUCAGCUCAAAUGGACUUCUCACAGAACAGCGGCCCCCUGAUGACUCCGCCCAUCUCUCCUGCGAUGGUGAACCGGGGCAGCGUGAUUAACCAGGGCCCCAUGGCCGUCCGGUCCCAGGGCGCCUGCGGUGCCCUCCAGCCUCACCCCGCCUGCCAGGCCUUCCCCGGAGAUGCCAUGUACCAGAACCUUCCCCACGCCGGUGCCGGCUACUACCCCGCCGCCUCCGGCUACCAGGCCCUGUUCAGGCCUCCGGUGCAGGGCCCCACCCCGGCCUACCAGGGCCGCGCCGAGGCCGGCCGCUACUCGUCUUUCAGCGAGCACCAGCAGCACCAGCAGCAGCAGCAGGCUCCUCCUCCUCUGCCCAAGGACUACUUCAGCAGCAGCUGCGCCAUGUCGCCCUACGGCUCCCGGCCCAUGUCGGCCUUCAGCGCCGCCGCCGACCUGGGGGAGGAGCCUCAGGGCGUUCAGAUCCUGGACCCCGCCGGCUACGGGUUCAUGGGGAACGGGCUGGGCGGAGCGGCCUGCCAGGGGGGGGCGUACUCGGGACAGAGCGAUUACUAUGGAAACGGUGGUUACCAUGACGCUCAGAGGCUGGGUUCAAUGAUUGAUCAGCACGUGUCGGUGAUCAGCAGCGUGAGCACGAUCCGGUGCGUCCCAGCCUACAGCGACGUGCACGACCCCCUCAACAUCCUGGACGACGCAGGCAGGAAGACCGCCGGCCCCUUCUACACUGACUCCCCAACCCUGACGUCCCGCGCUGGUGGUUCCUCUUCAGCUCCGGCUGACCCCUCCUCCGUCUCCGCCCCCUGCAUGUACGGAGCAACCACGCAGUUCCAUUCCCAGGAUGCACUGCUCUCACACCGGGCCCCGUCUGAGGACAUGGUGUCGUCUCUGCCCCCCAUCAACACCGUGUUCAUGGGAUCGACAGGGGGCGGGCCCUGACCGACAGCACCAGGCUUCAGGUCCUACUGUCCCCUUCUCUUCCUGGUCUGCAGAUCCAAAGCGCAAAGUACACCCAGGAUAAGAUCACAAGGAGCCUUUUUCAUCAUAUCACUAUAAACUACAAUUUUUUCACUUUAUUUAUCCCAAAUUUGGAAUUGGGUUGAGUCAUCUUUAACUGGGCAAGGAGCACUGUAGCUACUGCGAGUGCAGUCCUCUAGUCCACUCACCUGUGGGACACUGACUAUUCUACACCCUACAGAGCACAAUAGGAGAGUCGAUUGCAAUCGGAAGAACAGUGUAUCUUACGCUGAAGAAAACCGGUAGCCCGUGUUGUGCUUGGUCCAUUGUUAGAAGGAACUAAUGUAGUGGUAAUCCAAGAAAUCCUACUGUAGGCUACGAGUCAUAGUUGGAUUUUUACUUUCAUGAAAAGUGCCUUUUUCAACUGAGCCACUUGGAAGCCAUAAUAUUGAGUAUUUUUGAAGUCAGUUUUUUUUUUAACUUUCUCAACUGUAUGCAUUAACAAUGCUAGUGGCAGUUGAUUCAGUAUGAUUUGAGUCUCAGGUCUUCAUAGGCCACCCCAGUUAAGAGCUUUUCUGUCACAAUUCAGUGUGUAUGUACUGAAAUCCACCAUGGUGGUUUCUUGAGAAAUAUAUGUUUUUUGCCAAAAUGGUGGCAUAUCAAAGGGUGAUGUUAGGCUUUUCUUGUAUUUGAAAAUAUCGAGUACUUGAAACAUUUGUUCCAGCCCUUUAAUUGAUGUGUGAGAAUUGUUUCAGUAUUUGCUAUUAUUAUUAUUAGGUGGUGGAUAUGACCAUUACAAUAUAUCACCAUGUGAUGUACAUGUUGAGUAUUAUGCUAACUUUAUCUCAAAUAUUUUUUUCUGUGAAUUGCUCCAUGUGUUGUUCGUUCUUAUUUAAGGUGUGUGUGAUUUUAUGUAUUUUGCAGAUAAUAUUUUAAUCACGUGCGUUGCCUGCCAGUGACAAUUAAUAAAGAGUUGUAGUGUAAAUAUUCAUUUUGAAAGCUAAAGCCUCUCACUAAAUGCGUGUGAGUUAGGUCCGCAAUAAAUUAGCUGAAAAAUUGAAUUAUAGAGCAGUGGCUCUGACUUACAAAUAUCUGUUGAGUCUGGCUAAAAUACAAUUUUACAUAUAUAUUUUUAAAAAAGAUUUUGAGA